CCACCCGCCAAUCACACGCUGUGGUCGCUGUACUCCAAGAUGGCGGCUUCCAGUGCUCUUUACCACACAUCAUCGCAUUUUAAAACUAAAUGUCUCUAUCUUUUGGCCGUUUAAACCCAUGAGGGAGCAGACCUGAAGGAGCCAAACGGGCCUGAGUUGUCGCCACUGAAACACGGAAGCAGUUUUGCCGUGGUUUGUUCAUGUGAGGACCCGGUGUCGGUGUCCGUCUGAAGGGGGUUGUAUUAUCCGAGUAUGGCCACCGAGAACAGGAUCAAUUUUUGGAGGAGAAACGCAAAGGUUCCCGGAAGUGUACAACCAGUUUAUGGAGCACAGCAUCCGCCUCUCGACCCACGAUUGCGACGCACGUAUCCCAAAGACACAAAGCUCAAGUUCAACAAUCUCAAGUCUAAAAAGGCCUCGAGCUUCCAUGAGUUUGCCCGCAGCACCAACGAUGCUUGGGACAUCGACGAUGAGGAAGACGAAGAUUUCUUGGGGACCCCUGCCCCAGCCUCAACCCUGCCAUCAGGCCUGCACUCUACGUCCACACAGAACCAGCCACUGCAGAAUCAGGCAGGUGACACAGAAAACAGGAUGUCACACAAACUGGCUUUUCCUAGCUCAGAAGCUCAAAACCUCCAAGAUGUUCAGGAGGACGAUGCAGACUGCGAGCAUGUCAAUGGCAAGGUUGUCAAGUCCAACAGUGAGGCCCACCUCAACUCGUCCUCAGUUCACUCCACGCUGCAGAAGCAGCAGUCUCUCCCAGUUCGUCCCAUCAUUCCACUGGUGGCUCGCAUCUCGGACCAGAACGCGUCAGGUGCACCACCCAUGACAGUGCGGGAGAAGAGCCGGCUGGACAAAUUCAAGCAUUUGCUUGCUAGUCCCAACACUGAUCUAGAGGAACUCCGGAAGCACAGCUGGUCGGGCAUACCAAGAGAAGUCCGGCCCAUCACAUGGAGACUUCUCUCUGGCUAUCUGCCGGCCAACAAGGAACGCAGAGAGCUGGUGCUAAAAAGGAAGCGAGAAGAAUACUUUGGUUUCAUAGAGCAGUAUUACCACUCCAGAACAGAUGAGCACUAUAAAGACACAUACAGACAGAUACACAUUGACAUUCCAAGAACCAACCCUCUGAUUCCCUUGUUCCAGCAGCCUGUGGUACAGGAGGUGUUUGAGCGUAUCCUCUUUAUCUGGGCCAUCCGUCACCCAGCCAGUGGCUAUGUCCAGGGAAUCAAUGAUCUGGUCACACCCUUCUUUGUUGUCUUCUUGUCUGAGUUUGUCACGGAGGACGUGGAGAACUUUGACGUGGCAGCGCUGCCUCUGGACACCCAGAGAAACAUUGAAGCUGACAGCUUCUGGUGCAUGAGCAAGCUGCUGGAUGGAAUACAGGACAACUACACUUUUGCUCAGCCUGGAAUCCAGAAUAAAGUGAAAGCUUUAGAGGAGCUGGUCAGCAGGAUAGAUGAGGACAUUCACAAUCAUUUCAAGAAGUAUGAGGUGGAGUACCUGCAGUUUGCUUUCCGUUGGAUGAACAAUCUGCUGAUGAGAGAACUGCCACUUCGGUGCACUAUUCGUCUCUGGGACACUUACCAGGCGGAAGCAGAAGGUUUCUCCCACUUCCACCUCUAUGUCUGUGCUGCUUUCCUCAUCGAGUGGCGCAAAGAAAUUCUCUCGAUGGUUGACUUUCAGGGUCUUCUUAUGCUACUGCAGAACGUUCCGACAAUCCACUGGGGGAACGAAGAAGUGGGUCUCCUCCUGGCUGAAGCUUAUAGACUGAAGUACAUGUUUGCAGAUGCACCCAGCCACUACAGGAGAUAGGCCUGGGGCGUCCACAUCACAGCAAACAUAGGAUCAAACUAGACUGCGUCUGGAUGGACACAUACUAUAUGUGAAACUCCAGACAUAUAGUGUUGUCUCUGCGGUAACCUGGAGGAGACUGGUGUAUUCAGGUGCAGCUCCAGGAGACCUGCAGGGUGUUAUCUCAGAGCCACUAAACUUAUCCUGUGAAAAUGUAGUCUACUGAUUAUCACAUUGGAUUUGGGUUUAUGGUGCAGCCAUAGAGCUCAGUGAAUAAGAGACUAUUUGCAGUCAACGCACUGCACUGUAUCAGUGGACUGUUGCAGUAUGAAUAACCAUAGCCAUGCCAUUUUGGUUUACUUCUACUGUUUUUGGUCAUGCAACAUUGAUUGUCUCUAAAGUAAAGAGUACACUGUACAUGCUGUAAUAUAAAGGGAUGAUGAAUGUUUGUGAGAUCAUCCUUUUAGUGACAGAUGGUAUCAACAGAUUAUAUUUUUUUGCAGAUUUGUUUUAGUAGAUGUUUUACAAGGGAAAAAUAUUAUAAACCAGGCAACUACAACACUUUCUCUUUUAAAACCUGUUUAGUCUGACACUGUUGAGCUGUUCUAAAUAAGAUGGAGUUUGGGUUUCCUCUCACUUUUUCAGCUAAGACAGCUAAUUUGUGAGUAGACAUAUCUUUUUGGUUCAGGGUUACCAAAUCUGCAUCGUACAAUCAACUAAUCAUCGUCCAUAGUUUGGGCCUCAAUUAGUCACUUUAAUUGGUUGCCAGUACUGAUGUUUUAACAGUAGCAAACAGUAGAUACUGUGUUUCAUUUCAGGUUGCUUUGGUUGAAGGUGGAGGAACUCAUUUGCUAUCAGUUUGCCUUCUUGCUCAUGAUGAAUUAGCUGAUCUAGAGGAUUUUUUAGAAUAGCAAUUUCUGCCUCUGAAUAGAUCAGGAAAAUUGGAGAAUGUGCUAAUGCAGGUUUGGAAUUUCCCAUUCAUAUGUCAGCUGAAAUAGUUGUAAUUUCAUGUUGGAACUGACUUAGAUGAAUCCAAUUUUUAGACAACUUUUUUUUUGUUUUAGACAGCUGAAAUACAAUUGGCCUUUUGGCUCAGGAGUGUUUAUGUUACCAACUCAAUUUGUAUGCGUAACAAGGAGAGCAGCAGUCUUCUAAAAAACCUGUGCCACAACCACUGUAAAAACUACAUAUAAUAAUGGUGAAAGUGGUGAAAAUGUUCAAUUUCAGUUUAGAACUGUUUCUGGGGAUAUUUUUUAAUAGAGGAAAUGCCCCUGUCGAUGCUUGUUGGUACUGAUAGAUAUUUAGUCACACCAUCUUACCUGUGGACACAAUGCAGCUCAGAAUAUAUGAAGAUGCCUUUGUUAUGAGCAUUUGUAAUGUACUCCUUUCUUUUAAAGUGGAACAUGGAUAAAUGCUUUGUCUUUAAUGCUUGUGUUUUACAUUUGUUUCAGGUUCAGGUUUGGAUGCUUGCAUAUCUGGAAUUUUUCCCUUUGUCUAUUUGUAGCUGCAUUUUUUGUGGGGGUGUGUGUAUGUUUCAGGGUGUGGGUGGGGAUUGUGUGUUACUGUUACUCAUCUACCUUCAUUACCAGUGAUAAUUAUAACAAAAUGUAUGUUUUAAAAAUCACAAGCAUUAGCCUUUGGAUGUGUGUUUGACUGUAGCAAUGUUUAAAAUUGGGACUUGCUGUGCACUAGAUGCCCGGCUUUUAUUCUGGUCAUUGUAGACUACAACAAAUUGAAUUGAAACAUUUUCCAUGAUUAGUCAUGAGAAGUCUUAAUGCAUGUCCAGGAAUUAUCCAGGCCCUGUGAAAUGUGCUGGUGCAACCAUACAUUGAAGUCUUAGUCACUUUAUGGUACUGCUGAAGAUGCUGUGGUACUGAAAUUGAGUUAGUGAAGGAGACCUGUAUUUCAUUCAUUCCUUCUCAGUUUUUUGCAUUAUUAAGCCACCUGUAUGUGUUCAUCAAUGUUGUUUUACUCUGAAUGUUUUGUGAGUGUUACAGUAUGCCUUUAGCCUUUAAGUAGGUUUUCUUCAUUCAGGUGCACCAACUGAUUGUGUCCCUACCAUGAGGUAUUUGUUCACUCCAUGCUGUGCUCAUGUAAAAGUCAUUUGUCCUCAAACAUGAUGUUGAUAACUAAAGGCUGACAAAAUGAAAACCUUUGAUUUGUUUCAGAAGUGUUCAUGCUUAUGGUUCGAUAAUAAUUUGCCAAAUCGUUUCUGGGCCAAUACAGUCUGUUUUAGAGUGCUUCAAUAGUCACUGCUGGCUUCAGCCUUAAAUUAAGAAAUAAUAAAUUAUUACAGUACCUGCUGUAUGUUAACGUUUUGUUUAUAUUAAACUAUUGUUAUACAAGUGCUAAAAUGUAGAA